UCAACUGAGCCUUCUUCUCCGAGUGGCUUCUCCAAGGCGCGGCACUAACAAUGUCGGACAAAAGGGGGUCAUCCGGUAAACAUGAGGAGAUGGAGCUAAGGAGAGGCCCUUGGACUCUGGAGGAGGACACACUCCUCAUGCACUAUAUUACUUGCCAUGGCGAAGGCCGCUGGAAUCUCCUGGCUAAGUGCUCAGGCUUGAAGAGAACCGGGAAGAGUUGUCGGCUGAGGUGGUUGAAUUACUUGAAGCCCGAUGUGAAGCGAGGUAACCUCUCCCCCGAAGAACAGCUACUGAUCCUCGAACUCCAUUCCAAGUGGGGAAAUAGGUGGUCUAGAAUUGCACAACAUCUUCCAGGGAGAACAGACAAUGAGAUAAAGAACUACUGGAGGACUCGAGUGCAGAAGCAGGCGAGGCAGCUCAAGGUUGAUCCCAACAGCUCCAUGUUUCGAGAUGCCCUGCAAUGCUACUGGACGCCAAGGUUGCGUGAGCAGAUCAUAGGAUCUUCUCAAACCCUGCGAUCUGUAGAUGCCAACGCCAACACUACAACAGCUACUGAUGAAGCUCAUCGAGUUCUUCAAAGUUGCGGGUCGUAUGAGCUACCGGAACCGGAGAGUCGCAGCCUCAGCACCUCAUCCUGCUCCGUCGUGCUCUCGCAACUCCCGGUAGACUUGUCCGACUUCCCAUCAGGACCAUCGGAUGAGCUCAGUGGCGUCACGUUCGAUCCAUUCUCCAGCGUCUGCUCCAUUAACGAUUUCUACGACCUUGACACCUGGGACAUAGCACCCGUGUCCGCAUCAGCCCCUAGCCAUUCGGCCUCUGAUCACAGCAACAACGUUGGUGAUAGCUUGUGGAGCAUGGAUGAUCUAUAUGACAUGUCCAAAACCUACGAGAGUGCAGCAGAAACUAAGGUUCCUUUUGCUGAUAACUCUCAGGUAGUAAAGUAUAUAUCACCGUCGAAGUGAACCGUAAACUGUAAGAAGACUGUAACGUGCAAGUUCGAUGUAUCUGUUUCCCCU